AUGGAAGAACAUACAGUUCAGCAAGAGAGCAACCAGACGCAGCGAGGUGCUUCGUUUGAGAAAAGCAUGGCUCGCAAGUCGGACGAACGCACCAUCGACCAGUCCGAGCCGACGAAGAUAGAAUCCAAAGACCGAGUCGAGUCAGAGGAAGAGUGUGACGCCGCUGCUGACGAGGAGAUCCCGCAUAUUACAUUUCCAGAUGGAGGGCUUCGGGCGUGGAUGGUAGUGUUUGGUGUUGCUUGUGGGACCUGCGGGACUUUUGGAUUUGUGAAUGCUUGGGGUGUUUUCCAAGCGUACUAUGAAGAGACUCUUCUUCCCGACACAUCCCCAUCGACGAUCGCUUGGAUUGGCUCCAUUCAGUAUGCGCUAGUGUUCAUGCCCGGUCUAGUCUUGGGUAGAUUGUUCGACAUGGGUUAUUUCAAACUGCCCUUGUUGGUAUCAUCAUGCAUUCUCGUCGCCGCUGCAUUCUUGGUUGCAGAAUGCAAAGAAUUCUGGCAGUUCCUCCUAUGCCAGGGUAUUGCAGUUGGGCUGGCAAGCGGGUCCAUCUUCGGACCAAUUAUGGGCAUUCUUGCGCAUUGGUUCGAAAAGAGGAUUAACCUUGCGUAUGCCAGCAUGUCAUUGGGCUCUAGUGUUGGCGGAACAGUCUUCCCGAUUGCUGUGCGCAAUUUGAUCGAGCACGUAGGGUUCAAGUGGACUAUGCGCAUUAUGGGAUUCAUCAUCCUUAUGCUGUUGGGCAUCUGCAAUCUUACUGUAGACCGGCGACUUCCGCCCAACAACAAGUCGGGCUCUUUCAUAAAUCUGGCGGCAUUUAGAUUCAUGCCAUAUACACUCUAUACUGUAGCCGCACUGGUCAAUUGGCUAGGUCUCUACACAGUGUUGACAUAUAUUGAUGUCAGUGCUGCCCAAGCAGGCGUACCCCAGACCUUCUCGUUCUACCUUCUUCCCAUCGCCAAUGCCGGCUCGGCCUUUGGUCGGCUGUCAGGCGGAAUCAUCGCAGAUCAUAUAGGGCAACUAAAUGUAAUGAUACCAGCAACACUGAUCGCCGGGGUCAUGACAUACGUAUGGCCUGCCGCAAAAUCAGUCGGUGCGAACGUUGCUGUUGCUCUUCUCUACGGCAUGUCCUCUGGGGUAUAUGCUUCCCUUGUUGCUACGCCGAUCGUCGCUAUGGGCGAAAGGCACGACGUGGGCCAGCGCAUCGGCAUGGCGUUCAUGCUUCUCGCGAUGGGUGCGCUUGCUGGACCGCCAAUAUCCGGUGCUAUCUACGACUCCACAGGGACCUACAAGUGGGUAGGUAUCUAUGCAGGCACCACAGUGGAGAUCGGCGUGAUUCUGAUGUUGAUGUCACGAUACCUGCUCGCGAAAGACUCUGGUGGGAUGUUUGCGAAGCUGUGA